GACAAGUAUUAAAUCAAUCCUAAGCCUUACCUGGUUACCUGCGGCACGAGCGGAUAAUUGACUCUUUCCACCCUUAUGUUUGUCAGCCUCUUUAGCGGCUCUAGCUCUAAUGUAUAGGAGGUGAGUUAUCAGACUAUUCCAUCGGGGCCAUGGCCAUUAUGAUUAUUUCAUUACCUAGCUGCUUCCUUUUGAUGUCCUCUAGUCAUACUUUACUCUUGUAAAUGACAAUAGUCAAGCCCGAUAGCACAAGGUGCAAGUGUGGUUAUUGGAUAAUUAGGAGGGGUGGGGGGGGAGAAGAAAUGGAGGAAUGAAGAUGGACAAUGCACUUGGAAAAAAAAAAUAUGACCUGACUGCAGCCACCGCACACACUGGCCCACUCGAGGUCAGUCACAGAGGCAGAAGGAGAAAAAAAACUCGAGUUCGUCUGUCUCUUCCAACCAACUGCAUUCAGCUUACGAGAAUGUCCUUCGGCCACUCUCUACAUUUGGAAAUUCCAUUUCCUACCCCGCGGUUAGCAAGCAUUGCUCAGAAAACUUUGUCCGUCGACAAAGAACUAAAGGUAGAUCAAGUCAAACGCAUCUUGACGGCGAACGGUGAUAAGCUCAUAGUGGACUUUGAAUGUACAUCUGUAAAAAUGCUUCGCGUCUCUGCAACCUCCUUCUUCGAAAUGCUAACGAUGGUCACUAGCACCAUGGAGCAAUUUGAUGUAGAUGAAUAAACUGAUAGAAAAAAAAAGAAAAGAAAAUUUGGGUUGCACUACAUCAGAGGUAAAUGUGGUGGUGCUAACGAAAGAUGGAGACAUGUUGCCGGCAUAUGGUUAAACAAGCUAUUGAUGAGCUGGCAAGUAUCUAGUUUUUGCUGGAUCAAAGUGAAAUGGAUUUAGUACAUUCUAGAGCUAUGCGUGACGGAAGUGAACGGCAGGGUGUUGAUCUGAAUGAAAUAGCGUCAGUAUUCUAGUGCCGUCCCCUUUCU